CAUAACUUGGGAAUACGUUUUUUGCUUAACAACCAUGCCUUGCAAUUUUGGGUCGAUACAAAAAACUGUGACUUAGGGGGUUCUGUACCAUGUCGUUCGGAGGUUUAUAAAAAAAGGAACAUAUAUCGCUGACGAUGUGACCCCCUAGUUAUUACCCCAAAAAGCCAAACUCGUACAGUUUUAUCUGCGAAUCGUAAAUUUACAGACAGACUCGAUAAUCCAUGUACAGUAUUCCAUAUUAUACCACGUAUUGCCUUUUACUCAGAACAGCAUGUCAUGUGCCUAUUUUCGAUUCUUUAGAAAUGUUGUUUAUGCAAAGUACUGCUUCAGUCGGUUCAAUGAAUAUGAAAACCGGAGGCCAAGUUGGACUGAUAUUGCAUACUGUCAAAAGAACAGGAUCACAGUGUGUAAACUAUUUUGGUUUCGUACAGCGGUUGGUGCACGAUAGUAUGUCAUUACAGCGAAUAGUGUUAGGUGUAUCAAGCCUUGUAAAUUAACACUAUCAUUUGACACUCUGUCGUUUGGAAGAUGGACCCAAUGGUGUUUGUCCUGUUGCUUUUUGUGACAACUGUAUCAAGGACAACAACCCUGACAAUCGAGGCGACGAAUGACAUUGUGACAGUUCGAGAAGGUGAACCGUUUAGUUUAUCAUGUAGCAUAACAUUAGGUUUUCCAGGUGUAAGGGAAGUUCGAUGGUACCGAGGCUCGGACCAGAUGCUAUAUGGUUCCAUUAGUGUAACACACUGUGGAAUUAAACCUCUAUGUCAAGAGGUAAACACCACAGACAAUCGUGGAGUUGUACAAUUUACUAGAGGUUUUCACAAUGCUGCAACGUUGACUCUGGUGAUCGAUCAUAGUACAGCACACGACAACACAAGUUUUUACUGUGGUUUACUCACUUCAAGCAAUACCUUCCCAAGGUCUGACAACAUACACGUGAUUGUUCAGCAUCUCCCAGAUCCAUCUUAUCCCAUGUGUUUAAGAUCCAACUCGUCUACCAAUGCAGACAUUCUCUCCUUCUCUUGCUGGGCUGAAAUAACCCAGCCCGUGGUUUCUCUGGAAUGGACAGUGGAAGGAAGUAGUUCCGAAAGAAUAUCACUUUCACAUCAAACCGAAAUCUACGAAAACAGAGUUGAAAACACUCUGUUCCUCAACGAGACAGGGAUUCCUUCUGGCAGCUUAGUCUUCACUUGUCAUAUGACGAGUUCUGCGUUUCCUCAGAUUCAGAUAAACUGUUCGAUUGAACCAAUCCUCAUCCCCGUUGGUCAAACUACUGCCAGUAUUCUGCCGUCUCCAGAGCAAACUACUGCAGGUUUUCUGCCGGACCCUUCUCUGCCGGACCCAACAACAACAACAACAACAACAACAACCCCUCAAAAUGAUCUCGGAUCUACGGACCGUGCAACAACGCCGUUUUCCCAAGAUGGCAUGCCCACAACACGAACUACCAAAAUCAUCACCCAAAGUGACCCCCAACUGAACACUAUAGUCAUCGCAGCUACUGCGUCUGCUUGCCUGGUCGUUAUCAUCAUACUCUUGAUCAUCAUAGCCUGCCUGGUCUCCUCAAGACGGACCCGACGCAAAGGGGAAGCUAAGACAAACCCCAAUGAUCUGAGCAUCCGUUUAUCAGUUGCCAUUACCUCACCUGGAUCCAAUACCAACCUCUCCCACGAGGCGCACGUCUACGCUAAUGAAACCGUCCCGGCUCUCAGUUCCACCAAUCGACCGGGCCGUUUGGAAAUCCCACCGUGGGACCAUACUGCGUCUCAUCCCCCGUCCCCGCUGUACGCGGCUGUUUCAUCGGUUAAGAAGGUUCCACAAGUUGGAGAUGGUUCAUACGCGGUAGUGCCCAAGCGAGAUAAACGGCGUGGAAAUUCACCACUUGAAGAUCAACCGAACAUGGGGCAGGGAAGUCAGGAUCCGCCGGAGUAUCACACGCUUGAACCAGGCGUCCGGCAGCUGACCCAAGCGGGACGAGAGCCCGAGUCGACCGAGGGACAGUUUGAGUACGCCAUUCCAGGUCAAGGGUCAAGGUCAUGGAGGUCAUCCCAGCUGGACGAAGAUGACGGGAAGCUCAUUGACAAUGUCCUGUAUACAACUCAAAACGAAUACAUGUAAAUAAAUAGAUUUUCCCGGAAACUGGUUACAAAUAUGACUGACAACUUGAACUCUUCGUCAGAUUGACUCAUUUUGGGGGCAAUUGACACGGAUUCCAGGUUUAAACUGACCGUUGUGCCCUGAUAUCCACAACUUAAAGGCACUGGACUUUAUUGGGUAUUGCUCAAAAUAAUUGUUAGCAUAAAAACUUACUUGGUAACGAGCA